CCCCAAUGAAAAGUCUUGGUCUCACGCACAUCACCCUGCCUCAGCAGUAGAGAGCACGCACUCACUCAGGUCCGGUAGCGCAAAGAUAAACAAGCGCGCGCGAGUCCACUGAUUGAGAAACUGCACAUCCACGAGGAGGGAUAACAACUAAACCAUAUCUCCGUUUCAUAAGGUCUCUAAAAGCAGUUUUCCAGGAUGGAUGGCUGUGGUGGAGAAUGGCUCAGCACUCCUGUAGCCUCGUCUUGCCUGGAAAACGUCACAAUGGAGAAUUCCAGUGUUGGGCGAAUCUAUGAAGUCAUGCUGCAAUCAACCAACUCGACUAAACGCAAUCCGCAGUUUGUUGGCGUGGAGCUCCUUCAGUCUUUUAAACCUCUCAUCAUCCCCUGCUAUGCCCUUGUGGUCCUGGUGGGAGUUUUUGGGAACUACCUGCUACUUUACGUCAUCUGCCAAACCAAAAAAAUGCACAACGUAACCAACUUCUUCAUCGGUAACCUGGCGUUUUCUGAUAUGCUGAUGUGUGCCACCUGUGUACCCUUUACCCUGGCGUAUGCGUUUAACCCUCGUGGCUGGGUGUUUGGAAGAUUCAUGUGUUACUUGGUGUUCCUCAUUCAGCCUGUGACGGUGUAUGUUUCAGUAUUUACACUCACAGCCAUCGGCGUGGACAGAUACUACGCCACAGUUCAUCCUCUAAAGAAGCGCAUUUCAGUUCUGGCCUGCACAUACCUUCUCUCAGGGAUCUGGAUUUUGUCCUGUGGUCUGGUAGCUCCUGCUGUGGCUCACACAUACCACGUGGAGUUCAAGGACGAAGGUUUCACCAUCUGCGAGGAGUUCUGGAUGGGCCAGGAGAAAGAGCGGCUGGCCUACGCUUACAGCACGCUGUUCAUCACAUAUGUCCUUCCACUGUCCGCUCUCUGCAUCUCUUAUUUGUGCAUUUCGGUGAAGCUUCGUAAUUGCGUGGUACCAGGCCAUCGGACCCAAAGCCAAGCUGAGGCCCAGCGAGCUCGUAAACGGAAGACAUUUCGCUUGGUGUCUCUGGUCGUCGCUGCCUUUGGGAUCUGCUGGCUGCCAAUAAGCGUCUUUAAUGUUCUUCGGGAUAUUGACAUAGAUCUGAUUGAUAAGCGCUACUUUCUGUUGAUACAGCUGUUGUGUCACUUGUGUGGAAUGAGUUCAUCUUGUUGCAACCCAUUUUUGUAUGCAUGGCUGCAUGAUCGGUUCAGGGCAGAAUUACGGAAGAUGUUCACCUGUCAUCGGCGGAUUGGCAUUGGGAUACCGGCAAACAACUGUGCCACCGCUAGCGUGGUUCUUUGACAGAAAAAAGAGGGCUUAGUUAGUUCAAAGACCACUAAUGCUUGAAGAGAAACAGUACACAUUUGUCUUGGCUAGAUCUAUACCAUCUGUAAGGUUCCUCCACAUGCAUCUUGUUCUUGUCGGACACAGAUGGUCAUUCUUGGGUGUACAAGCCAUGCCUGGUGGUGAAAAAGUGGUUGGACAGAGCCACAAGAUUUCAACAUUCUGUCUAUGAUUUGGAUAUCAAGAAAUCUUGCUUUGGAUGCCGAUUUCAUCACGAAGAAAACAGAAACACUGAACUUCUGACACCCAUCUUUUUUUUUUUUUUUUUUAAAAAGCAAAGACUAAGCCUUAAUGGUGAAGUACAUCUUAAAUAAAUGCAUUUUUAAGAUGACUUGAAUACAUAAAGUAUAUGAAUAAAUAUGACAGUAUAUUUUCAUUCAAAUAUAUUUGCUGUCACAAAAUCAAAUUUAAAAUUAAAAAGACGCAGCUUAAAAAUAUCUAAUACAUUAAAACCUUUUGCUAAUUGCUUUUAUAUGCUUUUGUGCUUGUGAUAAAGUGUGCAGAAAUAUGCAAUCUUAUUGUAUUUAUAUACAAAUAUGUUAUUUUUAUUUUAUAUGCAAUAAUAUGAUUCCGUGAAUAUUUUGCAAUGUAAUUGUUUAUUGUUGAAACAAAAAUCCAAUAUAUUACUUGUCCUGAAGCAAAAAAAACAACAACUAAAAAGUGUUCAAAAGUAUCAACCUGCGAGUCUCUUUUGGCAUAUUUCAUAAUUAUCAUUGUAGUUCUGUAGAAAUGUAUGUGCAAUGUUGCAUCAAUAAAAAAUGUCUGGAUUAGCAGUUUUUUAUAUUGAUGUUUAAUCUAUCUAAUUAAAGGAUGAAGAAAGUCCCAA